CUAUGUGUUUCUCCUUCAUCGCCCUCCAGCUGGACACGACUGUAUCGCGACGCGGUGUCAGAAACAGCCUGAAAACAAGUCAAACCAACUGAGGUAUAAUGGCUGUACCUCCAUCAUAUGGUGACCUUGGCAAAUCUGCAAAGGACAUCUUCAACAAAGGAUAUGGUUUUGGAUUGGUGAAACUUGAUGUCAAGACCAAGUCUUCAAGUGGAGUGGAAUUCAAAACCUCGGGCUCCUCCAACACUGACACCAGCAAAGUCAACGGGAACUUGGAGACUAAGUACAAAUGGGGUGAAUACGGCCUGACGUUUACAGAGAAGUGGACAACAGACAACACUCUGGGGACUGAGAUCACCGUUGAAGACCAGAUCACCAAAGGACUGAAAGUUACGUUCGACACCCAAUUCUCACCAAAUUCUGGCAAGAAGAGUGGGAAGGUGAAGACUGUCUAUAAGCGUGAAUACGUCAACCUGGGUGUGGAUGUAGACUUUGACUUUGCCGGCCCGGCCAUCCACGGGGCAGCGGUGGCCGGAUACGAGGGAUGGCUGGCUGGCUAUCAGAUGGCCUUCGACACGGCCAAGUCCAAAAUGACCCAGAGCAACUUCGCUGUUGGCUAUAAGACAGGAGAUUUCCAGCUGCACACCAAUGUUAAUGAUGGCACAGAGUUUGGAGGGUCCAUCUACCAGAAGGUAAAUGACCAGCUGGAGACUGCUGUGAACCUGGCCUGGACAGCAGGCAGCAACAGCACCCGCUUUGGCAUCGCUGCCAAGUACCAGCUGGACUCCACUACCUCAAUAUCUGCUAAAGUUAACAAUGCCAGCUUGGUGGGAGUUGGCUAUACCCAGACACUGCGGCCAGGUAUGAAACUCGUCCUGUCUGCACUGGUCGACGGAAAAAGCAUCAAUGCCGGUGGCCACAAACUGGAACUGGGACUGGAGCUGGAGGCAUAAGUAUCUAGCUAUCCUGUCUAGUGAAGUCGUUGUAUUUAUUUGAAUUGAGGGAAUCGCAGAAGAAUUUGGCCUUAUGUAUUUCCAGCCCAACCACCAUUUUAAGGGAUGUCUCAAAGGAAAGGGAUGAAUCUAAUCUAAAGCAAC